GCGUGCGGACGCACGAUACUCGUUCGUCCUUGCCUAAGAAAUCAUGUGCUUAUGGAAUCAAACCUGAUUUUUUCCAAUUGAUCAACAAUUUUGUCUUCCAUUUUGGAAAAAUCAGAGGCCAAACAACAGAACUCAUCAGUGCCCUUCGUGGCUAUCAGUGUCAACCUUUGGCGAUUCAUUUCCUUGUCGUACGAGGGAUCUCGUUUUGCCAUUGGAAAGCAAUAGCAAAAUGAGUCUAAACUAGAGGCAUUAGGUAGACAACUGGUCACGCUACAAGACGUGCCGGUCCACCUCUCGUAACCGGGGGAAUAUAGUUUUCAAUUUCAGUGUGUCGUCAUCCUUCACAAAUGGGGUUGUGUUGUUUUGGGUCAUCUGAUCGCGUUGAGCCCGGACCACCACAGAGUGGUAGAAGGCGACAGAGUGAUGAUUUCCAUGGUGUCGUCGACGAGCGCAGCUGUACCGACAUAGCAUUUUUGGCAAUUUUCCUGGCUUUUCUAGGCGGACUGGGAUAUGGACUUUAUUAUGCCGUUGAACGAGGAGAUAGUAAUCGCACGGUUUUCGGUUUUGACAUCGAUGGCGACAUAUGUGGUCGAUCAAACAGCCCCCACCCGAAUAUCACGACCAGUGGCAAGGACACUAGCCGACAGACAUUCCUCGACAUUGAGUCCUUCGCCUUGAAUAAUUUGGAUCCGGUUAUCGUGGGAAGAUGUGUUAACAGUUGCCCAACCAACAGGUCACCUCCUAUCUUAAACCGCUGUUUGGAAAUUCACGCAAAGUCGACUGAAGCGACCAGUUGGUUCUUGAGUUCCACUGGAUUGGCCAAGUUUUUCAACCAAUUCGCCUUAGAUUUUCAGCUUUGUUGGAGAGAGGUUGUUUACCUCUGCCUCAUAGCAUUGGGUUUAUCGCUGGUACUUACUGUUCUCUUCCGCUUCUUAGCCGGUGCGAUGAUUUGGUUGUUGCUGAUUGCCCUCGUCCUCGGCUCAUUCGGUGGUACGGGUUACCUCUGGUGGUUAUGGCAUGGAAUGCGGGGCACUUCCGGGGAGAAUAGCAUGUUAGCUUACGCAAUCCUCAUGUCAGUUGUAUCCGUUUUAAUUUUGCUGAUAGUCGUGGCCAUGAGAAAACGGGUUGAGCUGGUGGCAGCCUUGUUUCGAGAAGCCGGAAAAUCUGUACACGCCAUGCCACUUCUUCUCAUUCAACCGAUAUGGACUUUAUUGGCCUUGUGCAUUCUGUGCGCGGCAUGGGCCUAUGCCGCGUUGUGGAUUGAAAGCGCCGGAUAUCCAACUAGGACGGAAGCUGGGACCGUUUUCUUUAGAAAAGAUACAUUUUUGCAAGUCAUCCGUUGGUACAAUAUCUUUGCGGCCCUUUGGAUUUCGCAGCUUUGUUUGGCAUGCCAAAACCUUAUUAUUGCUGGGGCCGUUGCUAAUUGGUUUUUUACGAGAGAUAAAUCACGCUUAGGUUGUCCAGUAGCAAGAUCAGUGGGUUACGCAGUUCGCUAUCAUUUGGGCUCGUUAGCGUUUGGCUCUUUGCUGAUCGCCUUAAUGAAACUGGUCCGCAUGCUGUUUAAUUAUUUGGAGCGCAAACUACGGAAUUCCAAUACGUCAUGUUUCGGUUUAGUUACUUGUUUAACCUGUUUUUGCAAGUGCUGCCUUUAUUGCUUCGAGAAGUUUCUUCAAGGCCUCUGUUCGAAUGCCUUCAUAGAAAUCGCCAUUUACGGAGAGAAUUUCUGCUGGUCGGCUGGACGGGCUUUCAAAAUGCUGUCGAACAACGCGCUGCGUGUCAUCGCAAUCAAUUCUGUUGGUGAUUUUAUUCUCUUCCUGGGAAAAGCUGGCGUUGUCACUGCUGUCGUCUUCAUCGGAAUCGAAUUGAUCAAAGAUAAACCCGGUGUCGUGUAUAUCUGGACGCCAAUCCUCAUCGCGGCCAUUUUCGCUUACUUGAUUGCCCAUUGUUUUAUCUCCGUCUUCGAAAUGUGCAUCGAUACAGUUUUCAUUUGCUUUUGCGAAGACUGCGAGAUCAACAACGGACAGGACCAACCGUAUUUCAUGAGCCGCGGACUGAUGGAAUUCGUGGAGAAGAGUAAAAAAGCUCUCAGAGCGCGUGCUGGUAGAGAUCGUGCCCGGCAACAGCAACCAAAAGGGGCGUACGAUAAUCCGGCGAUGGAUUCUGUCAACGAUCAUGGGGCUUGGAACACUGGAGUUCCGCCUCCUCCCUAUGAAUUCCAUCCCACUGCCCCUCCUCUCAGUUCCCGAAGAUAAAAUAAAAAAAAAUAAAAAGAUUUUUUUUUUUGUGUGUGUGUGUAGCCAACACGCAAGUAUCUGAUAUGCGAUCAAUGAGUCAUUUCCUCGCUGUGUAUAUUUUAUGGAAGUACUUUGGGUUAUAUGGUAAUCUUAAUUCAAGUGAAUUGUUUGUUAUAAAAAAAUGCUCUUCUUUGACGCCGACCGUUUGUUAAUUGAAAAAAUCGGUUUGUUUUUAUCGAUUCAGCAUAUCACAGAAUUUGUAUUGGAUUCGCGUUUUCUAACUCUCCGUUCUAAUGUUUGUAUACCAUUGGUUGUUCUUCUAUCUUGUUAGUAAAUAGUAAACGUGAUUAAUCGUUUUCUACGGCCGAACGAAGUGAGUGAUCCUAUAACUGUCACGUGUGAUUCAUGCUCAAUUUUUUUCAGCAACAAAGAAAUGGAACCAA